GAGUAUUUGCAGAUUUCAAGAUUUAAUUUAGUGCCAGGAUACAGAAGAAGUUAACGGAUGACCUUUUCCCAACCUUUGACACAGCUAAGAAUACACCCUAAGCAAGACCUUACGACUCCUCCAUCAUCAUGUCUCCCAUACUCAGCACAUUCCAGACUGCGUCGUAGUCAAUCGCUCACGCUCACGUUGUUUGCCGCCUGACGGAUUUCACGGAAGUGCAGGCAGUAUAUGCACGAAUUGUUUUUACCACCUACUGCUGGCAAUUAGAACCGUAGUCCCGGCAGGACCAACGGGCAGAAAGCAGCUCUAGUAUUAGUUCAUUCGUCAGGUAUUAAUUAUUCGUCAGCAACUCAUUGUAUUAAUUUACUCGUCAGGUAUUAAGUAGAGGUCAGCAGCUCUGUACUAAUUUAUUCAUCAGGUAUUUCUUACUCGGCAGCAGCUGCAGUGCAACGCCGCAAUGCAGAGCGCGAAGCAGAGAUACCGCAACGAUGCCGCUGAACCCCAAGCGGACGAGUCGCAGAUCCUUAUGCCCGUCAUCGCACCCGGCAACCCCCUUAGCGGUAAACCCGGCAGAUCUCCCGCCCCCAGCAGCCCGCAGAUCAAGGCAGCCCGUGCGGCUAGCACUUUCGGCGUCGCCUCUUGCCUCACGCUCGCUUGGGCGGUGCUCGCCACCACAGUCGCUGCGAUCUCAAUCGCGUUACACGUGGCGCAGCCUCCGCCGUGGAUUACGGCCGCGUUGCAAUCGUCGGGUUUCGGAUCGACGGAUGGCGUGCGGAUCGAGUACUCUGGCGAAGAGUGUCGCGACUGGAUCUCGAAGCCAUCGGUGGGAGGCGACGCUGGCAAUGCGGGCGAUCCAUGGGCGUCGAGCAAGUGGAUGCCACGCAUGUCGCCGUGCCCAGUAGCGGGUCUGCCUAUAGAGGAGCUGGAUGAGCACCUGAACUUCCGCCGCGGCUACGUCCUCGGAUUCGUGGACGACGCGGAGGACAAGACGCAGAUCCUGCCCACGCUGAGGGCCGUCCUCGACCCGGCAUUGAGCACCAAGAAACGGCGCGUGCUGAUCGACCUGGGAGCGAGGUUCUUCAACACGAGCGUCACGUGGUUCCUGCAGUCGUACCCGCUCGACUUCACUGAGAUCCACGCCGUGGAAGUGCGGCAGGGGGUCUUUGAGGUGCCUGCUGCAGGCAACAAGACCGUACGGGGCGAGAUGAACCAUCGCAGUCGCCUCAGGCCCAUCGGCAAGGGCCCAGCUGACUUCCCUGCCUGGCUGCUGGCAAGAGUGCAUUCCCACCGGUUCAAAGCUGCUGCUUGGGAUAAGGCGGCGCAGAACGUGGUGAAUGUGACGCGGUGGCUGCUGGAGGAGCUCAAGCUGACGCCAGAGGAUUCUGUGGUGGUGAAGAUGGACAUCGAGGGCGCGGAGUGGGACAUAUUCAAAGCCUGGCUGGAGUCCCCCAUCAUGCCUCGGGUGAUAGACGAGCUCUUUGUGGAAAUCCACUACAACCACCCCUCCAUGGCUUACUUCUCCUGGAACCCCAAGAUGUUCGCCCAUUCCAGGCAGGAAGCGGGUCAGCUGCUCAAUCAGCUGAGAACCGCCGGAUAUUACGUGCAUGCAUGGCCUUGACUGUGUAUUUACCAGGCAUACGUAGCCUUCGAUUCCUCCAUGGCCUUCUUCUCCUGGACGCCCAAUGCAAGCUCUUUGGCCGUACAAGGCGGAAAGCGGGUAGGCUGCUCUGUCAACUUAUACAUAUUAUCUAUGUAGAAGUUAUAGGCUAGACUGAGGUAUGCUUCUAGUGAGUACAACCAACUAGUAUUUGUUCUAGGUUUCCACCUCUAAAGUUAUAGGCUAGACUGAGGUAUGCUUCUAGUGAGUACAACCAACUAGUAUUUGUUCUAGGUUUCCACCUCUAGUAAUC